AUGCAUGAUGCUGCAGAUAUGUACAGAAAAGCCAUCCUUCCAUUGGAUCAAAGUCGAUGUCUUGAAACCUUGGGAUAUUUUGGAAAAGCGAUAAGUGUAUUGGUUGAUAAUGCACGCUUCGAUGUUGCUCGUGAGAGUCUUAAAAAGUUUACGCAACACCAGAAAAGUGAGGACAAAAUCCCGGAAUCGCUUGACUCGGAUUCAAAGAUUUGUGCAAAGGCUGCCGAUUACUUUGGGAAAAUGCAGAAUAAUGCACAGUUUUUGAAGUUUGCAAAAAACAUUGAAUGUCGAAAUGAGCGAUUUGUUUUGUACUUGAAAUACAACUUCUUUGAUGAAGCAUUUGAACUGAAUUGGCCCAAAGGUACAGAAGACAAAAGAGUAGAUUUUUACAUGCAAUGUGGAGCAGUACAGAAUGCAUUGCAUAUCCUGAAAGACAACACUCAAAGAAACAAAGACAAAAGGUUUCAGUGCAUAUUAAUUAUGAGUCAGAUUGCUCUUCAUAAGAAAGAGAAGAAAAACCUCGACGAAAUCGAGGAGAAAUUAAAGCAAAUAAUUCAUAAUCAUUCAAAUUCAGUUACUGUUGCAAAAGCACAUUUAUUGAUUGGUCAGUUGAUGCAUUUGGAACAGCAUAUUAGGAAUGCUUUUGAAUUGCUUCAAAACGACAGGCACCGUGGAAUGUUCGUUCAGAUUGAAUGCAUAGAUUGGAUGAUAACAAAAUGCAAUUUAUCAAAGGGAGAUAUACUAGAAAAAAUUACUCAAUAUCUUGAAAAAUUUCUCCCAACUGCCAAAGCAUCAGAAAUAAGACUUUUCCUAAAUCCUGAUUCAUCAUUUGGACAAGGAAGGUUUGAUGCAAUGUGUGCUUUUUUUUACUUUUAUUAUCAUAAAGGGAAUUUAUUUAAAUUAUAUCCAAGACAAUUUCCGCUUGGUUUGAAGAUAAUCGAAGAAAAGCAAGAAUGUCAGCAAUUUGAAAUAUGUUUCGAUAAACCUGCUCUUGAACAUUAUUGCAAAACAUAUUUGAAAACAAAAUUCCAAUGCUGGAAAAACAAAUUGAUUGCUGCAUUUGCUGAAAAACGAAAACAUUUUGAAUGGUUGAACAAUAUUGAAAUGAUGACGCAUUUCAACAUCAUAUCCAUUAAAGCUGCAAUUUGUCUUAGGAAACUUUUGUUUUGCGAUGUAAAAAAGCAAUGUGAAAUUUUUCUAUCGGAUCUGUACGGUGCAGUCUUCCUUAGCACCAGUGUCAGCAGACGGUGUGAAAAUGUAUCUGCGUUUUUACAAGACCGUGACUACGGAUUUAUCAGGAGCCGUAUAAAAAGAAACCUUAAGGAAAAUUUGGAGAACAUUAAUUCAUGGAAUGAAAGGGGAAUUGCUGAUUUCAUAAGAUUUUUACUGAUGGCAAACCUAUUGGACUUUAAAGAUAUUUUAGGCGAGCAACUCGAAUGCCACAUAUCACAUUCUAAUUUGUCGAUUUCCUUCAAACAUUUUUUUGAUUCAUUGGUGCGGAUUGAGCUUAAAAGAGCCGUGUGUGAAUUUAAUCAUUUCUGCUACUUGAUAAGCAAAGAAAAUUCAAUUCCUUUUCCAUGUGACCUUUUUAUGCUGUUCUGUGAAAUGUUUCUUACUACUGCAUUUUACAUUAUUGCGCGCAGUCAUCGUAGGACAUGUUGGUUUGUUGUACCACAAAUCUAUUUGGACAGUUUGAACCAUGUUGAAAAUUUAUUUCUUAAGAAAAUUUCCGUAUUAAAAAAGAUAAGCCAUGAUAGCAAAUCCGAACCAGAAACAGCCUUCUUUCUAAAGCAUUUGGUACACAUACUAUGCGGGUUCUCUUGCAAACUGCAUUUGUUAAAAAACAAAAGCAAAAAACAAACGGAAUAUAGAAUACUGGCUUUAGGUUUUACAGUACUGUGUAACUUAGGAGACAUUUUAACAACACCAGAUUGUACUGAAGUAGAAUCAAAUCUCGCAAGGGAAAUAAACAAACAUUUGAAGCGAAAAGGGCAAGAAAAAAUCCUAGAGGCUAUGUCGGAGGCAAAGUUUUUAAUUGAUUUUCAUAAACCAUUACAUGAACUGCUAAAUUCAGGAGAGCACAAACUUCUGUGGUGCAGUUGGGAUUCUGAAAAUGGAUUAAGUCAUACAACAGAGAAAGAAAAUCACUAUUUUAAGGACAUUUCAAUCAAACCUGAAACCCGCACCGCAAUUACAAAGGCAGAAAUCAGUACAGAUUCUAAAAAAUAUGAACAUUAUAUUCUUGGUGAAAAUCCACAACUAUUUCAUGAAGAGUUUCCUAAACCCAAAAUAGAUGGUACAAACAUUUGUUCAUCAAUAAAAAGUUCAAAAAGAAAGGGGAGAAAAAAACGGAAUACAAUACACGACCUCGAGAAAUCGGGAGAUAAUGCAUCUUUAGAAAAAGAUGAAUCAACUAAACAAAGGACUGAAGAUUGUAUAAACGAUUCAAAUGAAGAAAUCUCCACUGAAAUGUCCAUUGAAGAUACAAAUAGUCAACUUAAAACUUCAAAUGACAAUGGUGCAGCAACACACGAAGAUUCAGAUGUAAAAAAAGUGGCAUUCGAAAAUGGUGCAGAGCAGAACAAACUGUUUAAAAGUGGUCUACUUGAUGAAAUAAAAGACAGAAAUCAAUUAGGAAAGGAGAAAAGUACUGACCGUAAUGACAAUUUUCAUGAUGCAAAACGAUUAACAGAUUCAGAUGAAAAGGUUAAAGCAAUUAGUACUGCUUCUUGUGGAGGAAAUGCGGCAGUCGACACCAAUUUAAAUCAGAAGAAACUUGAUGAUGGCGUUUAACUAGAAAAAAUAGGAAAAUGAAUAAUUCAUUUGGUCACAAGAAUCUACCGAACGAUAAUAAAGACGGGUUUCCUGAUGAUAAACUCUUGACAGACAGUGUGUCAAUUAUGGCAUCGCGAGAUACAGAUAAUCUUUUCCACGAAAUCUGCUGAAGCUGACGAGACAAAUCAGCAGAUGAACAAGAUGGACUUAAUUGAUAGAAAGUUUGAUAAUUCAUACAGCCAGAAUGAUGAUAAAAUUGAAGAUAACCAUUACAAAAAGAAUUUGAGUAUCAAUCCUGAAACAAUAUUACCAGAAACAAUUAAGAGUAUUCAUGCAAACGACAUGGAAUGCAGUGAUCAACAUACACAAUGGGAAGACGAUGGUGAUGAGUCUCUGAACGAUAUAAGAUACUUAUUUAAAGUUUAAAAUGUGGAUAUUACGGAUGAUCAGGAUGCCUCUCUUGCAUUUUAUAAAAUACCUUUCUGAGGACUUUACUCACAAAGAUGCAAAUUGUAGUACAAUUUAAGAAUACCAAGUCAUCCACAAUUCCGUGAACUUAUUGAAUCAAGUAUAGCUUUUAAAAACUAUAACUGUGAGAAUAUUUUAUGAACCCCGUAUGAAUAUCAUGAUAUUUUUUUGGUAUUAUUACAUUUGUAGUUUUAAUGAACAAUUAUAAUUCAUUUAUUCCAUUUAAUUCAACGUUGUACACACCCCUUAUCAUACAUGCGCCAUUUACUUGCAUUCUCGUUUAAUGUAGCUUU